GAAUGUCAAUUUGACAAGUGAACGAAAAUGUGUGUUCGAUCUGUUUUGUAAUCUUCAUUCCUGUUAAAUUCAACAUUUUCAUCGUAAUAAUUUCGAAAUUUUGCGCAUUUAACUAUCAGAAAUGUUGAAACUUCCAUCCGGAACCCGGUUGUUCUCGGAAAUAAUCAAAAAUACAUCCACAUGGCAGACGACACGGUGGAACUGCGCCGCCUCUUCCGGCACAGAAGGAAAACCUUUUCUCUCAUAUGAGAAAGAUCCCGGUCCGCUGUUUAUACGCGAUGACGUUCAAAAGCUACUGAAAUCGAUUACCCGACUGGACCUGGAUCGUAUCUUCCGGAAGCGUUCGGUCAGCGACAAUACCGUGGAGUACAAAUUCAUGACCGAUGACCAGCUGCGCCAGGAAGUGAAGCAGUCAAUAGGCAAAGCAGAUCGAAUGCUGCAGAUGCCGCCGGUCGUCGAUGUGUUACGCGAAAAUCCUAAAGUACUCUCCAGGGACGGAGCGCUUAAAGGCUUUUCAGAGGCCAAAAUGGUUUUUACAGACAUCACCUUUGGAUUGAAAAACAGCAAAAGGAUGAUUGUGGAGCGUUUGCCGAAUGGGACGCUGCAGGAAGCUGCCUACGAAACCCGCAAGCGUUUAAAUCAAAUUUAUUUCCCGCUAAAGGGCCGAUAUGCCCGAAUGCCCAAAAUGUUCGAGCCGGCAAAUUUGAAAAAGAUCCUGGAAGCAAAGGAGUACGAGUUUGUUUUAGACAGAGCAUGCGUUCAGUUUGAGCCGUACGAAAAACAGUACCACGAUUUGACGGCCACUGUUUAUCUGCAUGUGACCGAGAACAAGGCGUUCGAUUUGCUACGAUCGACAAGACAUUUUGGACCGAUGAGCUUCUUCCUGGCAUGGCACCGAUUGGUCGAUGAUCUUUUGUUGGAUAUGAUCAAACGUGACUUUUUAAGGAAUGGAGUUGAACUGAUCACGUUGUACGCUUCUCUGCACGAUGGCGUUGAGAUUCAAACCGAAAGCUUUGAUAAGCUUAAGGAACAUGUUCUCAGUACGGAACCACCCAUGUUUGAGGCAGAGGAUAAGAGCCUGGAAGAGAUACAACAGGACGAAAAGUACCUCGCGGCGAUAGAGCAGUUCGUUAUCGAGCAUUGUUCCAAGAAAAUUCAGCUUAAUUUGGCCAUCGCGGCUUAUCGAGAGAUGGCUCAAGAACGGCAACAGCUGACAGAAGGUAUUCGUAAAAUGCACGGAAGAGGAUAAAUUAGCUCGUUUUUGAAAUUUUAGAAAGUACACACAAACAUUAAAAUUAUACAAA